AUGUCGGGGGCGAAUGUCAUAAAAGUGGAGGUGGAUGAGGAUGAGGAGAGAGGUGUGCAACUCUACGGGGAGUUUUUAAGCCAUAAUCUUGAGCGGGAAAAUUUACCCGGCCUUGUUAACCUUAGACUGCCACAAGUUCAGGAUUCCUUAAAUUAUGACCUGGCAAGACUGGCGGAAGUUUUUAGUCAAUCUGAGGAGAGAGAUUUGGUCCGACAAAGAGCUGAAGAGAUAGAUCUGGAGUCCUUGUCAACGGAGAACUUCUUGUCCUUAAUCAACGAGCUCUUUCAUGACGGGGGGAUUACACAGGAAAGAGUUCUUGUUCUUUUCUUCUUCUGUUCUGAUCUAACAAUACGUGCUUGCAGAGCAGGUUUAGGAUCUCUCUGUUUGAAUAUAACUAAUUGGACCCUGGGGUUUCUGCGUAGAACAGUAGCUGUGUGGGUCAGAGUACAGGGAGGCUGGUCAAAGGUUCUGCGUGGUCAGGGAAGUUACAGUGAUACGAUGCUUGUGAUUGGAUCUAGUAUCAUUAUUAUCUCCUUCAUACUUUACUACAGAAGAAGAACUUGAUAAGAACCUAAUUGGAACCGAUUAGCUACCUCAUCUCUCGCUAAACUAUAUUUUUGCACCAAUGUACAAUGACAUGUCAUGCUAACCCUACAAUCAUGUAGGACCUACAUGGAAGAAUACAAUUACAUGGGAUGUUGGGACAAGUGGUCACCUGUGACCAUUUGUCUGAUCAGGAAUUUUUAAUAGAUAAAUAGAUGUUAAUGUACAUGCCUGUCAGAAUUUAAAUGUUGUUGAAUUUAAAAUUCAACCAUUUCCUUUGUAUAAUAAUUCAAAGAGCUUUUAAAGCAACAAUUAAAAUCGGUUAUAAAUGGUAGAAAACAUGCACAGGUUUUAAUAUAAAUCUUAAUUGUAACAUAUCUUAAAAGAUCUCAAAAAUAUUAUUUUGAAUCAUACGUUUUAAAAGAUCUCAUUCAUGUAAAAGAAAUUUGUAAAUAUUUGACUUAUAUUUUAUUUUAUUUUUGUAUGUUUAUUUUUUAUCUAUUUGAAGCUUUUAACCCCUCUUGCUUUCUGUUUAGUAUUAUUUGAAUAUAAAAAGAUGUUACAAGUAUUCCAAUAAAAAAAUGUGCUGAAAAAUCCACAAAUAAAUUUGAUUUUUCGAAGCUUUGUCUGUAUUAAUUCAUCGCAGCUCCAAGACAUUUUUUUUCACAAUUUAUUUUUAAAUUAAUUUUUUUAAACAAAAUUUUAAAGAGAGUAGUGCAUUUUUUCUCCGACUGUUGUAUUUUCUUUUUAUCUGAUCAUAGAUCUGUUUGCUGUUCCUCUUUUGUAGAUAUACGCAUUCUAAUCCCUUGUAGACAAAGGAGAUAUGCAUUUUGACACAUAUUUCUGCUUUUGUUUCUCCCUUUUUGGCAAUUUUCUGUUUCAUACUAUUCUUUAAUUUGAUAUCAUGGAACCAGAAAUAUUACAUUAAGUAUAAUAGAAAGUUACUGUAAAUGAAUAAAUAUCAGAUGUAUUUGCCGUUUUCAGUAUGUACUGCAGCUGCAAGAAAAUUAUUAAAUUGAUUUAAAACACAAUUCAUGACUCAUAAGGCAUUUCCAGUAUUGUAUGAUCAAAGGGAAUUUUCCUGUUAUGCUUGAUAAUGUAAAAAAGACAAUCUUUUUGUGUAACCAAAACUAAAUAAUUUAGGAUAAAAAUGUUUUUAAAAAUCACAAUCAUAGUGCCUAAAUAAUGUUCAUUCUUCACUUGUUUACACUUUUCUAUGAUUUUUAGAAA